AUGGUUUCCGCAUGCUUGCCUGGGAAAGAUAAUCUCGCUAUACGACAAACAAUCGCUAGAUGGUCUUCUUUGCAAGUGGGAACGUCAAGCACAUAUCUUUUCGUUGGCAAAACUACUAAAACUAAGCAGCCAUUUUUUGGUCACGAAUCUCACUGCGAACAAGGAAGAGAUUCCCCCAAGAGAGUCAUUACGUGGAGGCUAAGCUGA